AUGUUGCGGCGAGUUAACUUCUACUCGAUAUGUUUCGCAUUUGGUCUCAGUGUUCUUUUGAUUCUUGCUGGGAGUCGAUAUGCAGAUAACACAUACUACCGUCCGUCCAUGGAAAGCGGGAGGAAUGUCAGGACUUUUUUAAAAGUGGAGGAUGGAGAGGAGAAUUAUAUGCCCCAGUUACUAUCAGCGGAUCCAUACGAAAAUGGUCCAGAGGAGUCAUCACACAAGGUAUUCGAGGUAGCCCGAAACAAUAUUAAAGGAAGGACAUCUAAAUACAACUUCUCCUAUUCAGGUGUACAUGGCUUAGAAGAUUUAGUUAUGGAAUUAGGUGGAAAGCCUUUGAGAAGUAUAAUUGUGUCUACUUGGAGGUCAGGUACUACGUUUUUAGGAGAGGUGCUUAAUACUAUCCCAGGUACCUUCUAUCACUAUGAACCUCUACUAAAUUAUGGAAUUGUUCAAAUAAGAGGGCCUCCAGAAUCUAAUGAUGCAUUGAGCACUAUCAAAAACAUGUUAAAAUGUGAUUUUUAUGGAAUGGAUACUUACUUUACAUAUGGAAAGACUCAUUUGCACCAGUUUAGCCAUAACAAAAGACUGUGGGACCAUUGUAAAUAUAAUAGAGAGCUGUGUUUUGAUGCAGAAUUCACUUCACAGUUUUGUAAGCUAUUCCCAUUUCAAACCAUGAAGGUGGUCCGUCUAAGAUUACGUCUUCUUCAAGAAAUUUUGGAUGAUAAAGAGCUUAAUGUGAAGGUGCUUCUGUUAAUCCGUGAUCCCCGCGGUGUGAUGCAAUCUAGACAACACCGUGAUUUUUGUCAGCCAUCUGCUGACUGUUGGCACCCAGAACUACUAUGUGCUGAUAUGAUCAAUGACUAUGUAGCUGCGAGCCGCAUACAGACACAGUAUCCAGAUAAACUUAUGGUGCUCCGAUAUGAAGAACUGGCUCUUGAUCCUAAUGUUACAACACAUCGAAUUUUAAAGUUCCUACGGCUAAGUCCCACUGCUUCAAUAGAUGAGUUCCUGCAAGCACACACGAAUAACGAAGUGGCUGGCGUCAGCUCCACUUACAGAGUCUCCCGCGAUGUGCCUUUCAGAUGGAAACAAGUGUUGGACUUUGCUUAUGUUGAUGAAAUACAGAACGCGUGCAAAGAAGCAAUGGAGCUUUGGGGAUACCGAAUGGCUCACAAUGCGACACACAUGGCCAGUAAAGAGUUUUAUCCCAUAGAAAAUUAUACAGUCACUCAGUGA